UUGUUCGCUCCUCCUACUUCCGCCCACCGAACGAGCAACAGGCUUCCCUUCGGUUUGUUUGCUCAACUUUCUCCCUCGGGACGCUCCUCUGUGUUUCAGCCGCUGUUUUCCCACGAUUUUCGUUGACUUUAAAUCACUCUUUUUGCGUCGGGAGUUUUUGUUUUGAACUGCGUCGAGCUACCGAACGACCAUCCAAGGGCAAAGGCGACCUGGAGGAGGAGGGCGUUCUCUCUUUAGGGAAAAGUCACCAUGGAGGUUCCUGGCAUGCAGAGUUCCCAGAUCGAUCCGGACGAUUUAUUCACCAAACUGGAACGUAUCGGCAAAGGUUCCUUUGGUGAGGUUUUCAAAGGCAUCGACAACCGCUCGCUCCAAGUGGUGGCCAUUAAAAUCAUCGACCUGGAGGAGGCCGAGGAUGAAAUCGAGGACAUUCAGCAGGAGAUCACCGUCCUGAGCCAAUGCGACAGUCCGUACAUCACUAAGUACUACGGCUCGUACCUGAAGGGAAGCAAACUGUGGAUCAUCAUGGAGUACCUCGGCGGGGGUUCCGCGCUGGACUUGCUUCGCGCAGGUCCGUUUGACGAGUCCCAGAUCGCCACUAUGCUGAAGGAGAUCUUGAAGGGUCUUGACUACCUUCACUCUGAGAAGAAGAUCCACAGAGACAUCAAAGCCGCUAACGUGCUCUUGUCCGAGCACGGCCAGGUGAAGCUGGCUGACUUCGGGGUGGCCGGUCAGCUGACGGAUACGCAGAUCAAGCGGGAGACCUUUGUCGGUACGCCGUUCUGGAUGGCGCCUGAAGUCAUCCAGCAGUCCGCGUACGACUUCAAGGCGGACAUUUGGUCGCUGGGCAUCACCGCCAUCGAGCUGGCCAAGGGGGAGCCGCCUAAUUCCGACAUGCAUCCCAUGAGGGUGCUGUUCCUCAUCCCCAAGUCUCCGCCUCCGACGCUGACAGGCGAUUUCUCCAAGAGCUUCAAAGAGUUCACCGAGGCCUGCCUCAACAAGGACCCUAUCUUUCGUCCCACCGCCAAGGAGUUGCUCAAGCAUAAGUUCAUCGUCAAACACUGCAAAAAGACGUCCUAUCUCAGCGAGUUGAUCGACAGAUACCGCAGGUGGCGUGAACAAGGACACAGCGACAGCAGCCCCGACGACUCUGACGGCGAGUCCAGCGACAAGAAGGAUGGCGAAUCUCCCGAGUGGAGCUUCACCACGGUCCGCAAACGGAAGCCUGACGAGCGGCCGUACAUCAUUCGUAGAGAGGGAAACGCCGCCGCCGUCGCACAGCCAUACAUCUUUAGGAGAGAGGGAAAUGCCACCGCCAUCGAGCAGCCGUACAUCAUUAGGAGAGAGGGAAAUGACGCCGACGCAGUCAUCUCGCCCGUCUUCACCGAGUUGAAGCAGCAACACAAGGCGCACUCGGAGAAGCGAUUGGCCAUCGAAGAGCUGGAACGGAACAUCCGAUUGACCGAGGACGUUUGUCCGGGAAUCACAGACCGGAUGGUGACGUGCAUCAUCGCCAGAUUCAACGCCAACUGAGGACAGACAGGAAGGAGACGCGUUGACGAAAUCGGAGAUCUGCUGUGCAAUGUCUCCGCUCGCACACAUUAUUUACUUCAGUGGUUGUGAUCUAGCAGCACCGCUUUACCUUUAUCAAUGGAAAUUUUUUUCUCAGUAGCACUUGACAGAGAUGGUAUGCCAUGGAGGACUUGGUAGCACUUGGGAAAUGGCGCCCUCUUUCGACCUUACACCUAACGUGCAAGUCAAGUGUUGUAACUUAAAUUACUAUAAAUGUUAGUUAUUAUUGUAUAUAUUUUUAUAUAAGGGAUGUUGUCGUGCUUACUCAGAGGGAAACAUGUACAACUUUUUAAAAGUUUUUUUUCUUUAGCGGGAUGUAGAACUUUAUAAAUAAAUAUUUAAACUUGA